CUUUCUUCUUCUCGGCUUGUUCCGGACAUUGUGCGUCGGCUCUCAAACACACGAAACUUUCUCAUCAACGGUUUAUGUUAUUAUUUCAUCAUUUCAUCUUAUAACAACGCAGAAGAUUAGUCAGCAAUGGCCUUUCAGUAUCCAAACGCCUAUAGAGACGAUUCUGUGGUCGAUGACUAUCAUGGCUGUAAAGUUCCCGAUCCAUACAGUUGGCUGGAGGACCCUGACAGUGAAAAAACGCAGGCAUUUGUGAAUGCUCAGAAUCAGCUGACUCAGCCGUUCCUGGAACAGUGUGAAAUCAGAGGCAUCUUUAAAAAUCGCAUGACUGAACUUUAUGACUAUCCCAAAUACAGCUGCCCUUUUAAACGUGGAAACAGAUAUUUUCACUUCUACAACACUGGUCUUCAGAACCAAAGUGUUCUGUACAUGCAGAAGACCCUUGAGGCAGAACCCACUGUUUUCCUUGACCCAAAUACCUUCUCAGAAGAUGGGACAGUCGCUUUACAAGGUUAUGCGUUCUCUGAGGAUGGCGAGUACCUGGCGUAUGGCACCAGCGCAAGUGGUUCUGAUUGGGUUGAGAUGAGGUUCUUGCGUGUGGACGGUGCUGAACUUCUAGAGGACAAACUGGAGAGAGUGAAAUUCAGCUGCAUGUCCUGGACUCAUGACGGGAAAGGGAUCUUCUACAACUCUUAUCCUAAGCAGGAGGGAAAGAGUGAUGGUACCGAGACGUCCACUAAUGUGCACCAGAAGUUGUUCUAUCAUGUUUUGGGAACGCCUCAGACGGAGGACAUUCUUUGUGCUGAAUUUCCUGAUGAGCCGAAAUGGAUGAGCGGUGUCGAGGUGUCUGAUGAUGGGCGAUAUGUGUUGUUGUCUAUCAGAGAGGGCUGUGACCCUGUCAACAGAUUGUGGUACUGUGAUCUGAAUACUCUGCCAGAGGGAAUAACAGGCUUGUUGCCGUGGGUGAAGCUGAUCGAUAAUUUUGACGCGGAGUAUGAAUACGUCACAAAUGAAGAAACGGUCUUCACUUUUAAAACCAAUCUGGAUGCUCCUCGGUAUCGCCUCAUCAACAUUGACUUUGCCCAGCCUUCUUCCAGCCAAUGGAAAGAGCUCAUUCCUCAACAUGAGAAGGAUGUCAUCGUGUUUGCUACCUGUACAUAUUCCAGCUACCUGUUUGUAUGUUUUCUCCAUGAUGUGAAGAACGUUUUAAAGAUGUUCCACCUGUCUUCUGGGGAAGAGAUACGCACGUUUCCGCUGGACGUCGGCUCGGUCAUGGGCUUCACCGGUCGAAAGAAAGACUCUGAGAUCUUUUACAGCUUCACUUCCUUCCUGUGUCCAUCGAUCAUCUAUCACUGUGAUCUGACUAAAGAUCCCCUACAGCCACAUGUCUUCAGAGAGGUCACGGUGAAGGGCUUCAGUCCUGCAGAAUAUCAGACCACUCAGGUCUUUUAUCCUAGUAAAGAUGGCACACAGAUCCCAAUGUUUAUCGUCCACAAGAAAGGAAUCGAGCUGGAUGGCUCCCAUCCAGCCUUCCUGUAUGGAUAUGGAGGAUUUAACAUUUCCAUCACACCCAGCUACAGUGUUUCUCGGCUGAUAUUUGUCAGGCAUCUGGGAGGAGUUUUAGCUGUUGCCAACAUCAGAGGAGGCGGAGAAUAUGGAGAGACAUGGCAUAAAGGGGGGAUGUUGGCAAAUAAGCAGAACUGUUUCACAGACUUUCAGUGUGCAGCCGAGUAUCUUGUAAAGGAGGGCUAUACUUCACCAAGCAAACUCACCAUAAAUGGAGGCUCCAAUGGUGGUCUGCUCGUGGCGGCGUGUGUGAAUCAAAGACCUGAACUAUUUGGAUGUGCUGUGGCUCAGGUCGGUGUCAUGGACAUGUUGAAGUUUCAUAAGUUCACCAUCGGACACGCGUGGACCACUGAUUUCGGCUGCUCUGAAAAUAAAGAACAGUUCGAUUGCCUGUUCAAGUAUUCUCCGCUUCAUAAUAUCCGGGUACCGGAAGGUGAUGGUGUUCAGUACCCAGCUGUACUGUUGUUGACCGGUGACCAUGAUGACCGUGUGGUACCGCUACACUCGUUAAAAUAUAUUGCCACUCUGCAGCACACGCUUGGUUGUUGUUCCAGUCAAACAAAUCCUCUGUUUAUCUACGUGGACACCAAAUCGGGCCACGGCGCAGGAAAACCUACCAGUAAAGUCAUUCAAGAAGUGGCUGACAUGUACGCCUUCAUCGCUCGCUGUCUGAACCUUAAAUGGCAGGAAUAAAUCGAACAUUAUGAGGGUCUUGUAGUCCUCUAGAUGUUUUGCAACUUCUGCAGGUUUUUCUUCUUACAGUUUAGUUGUUUAUUCUUGCUUGUUUCCCAGACAGCAGACGACUCCGGUGCAGAUCCGGCCCAGAGUCGUCUGAUAUCUGGGUUGCUCCUGUUCACUGAAAUCAUUACUUUUCUUGAAUCUCUCUCACCCUCGACUGCUUUAUUAUUUCUGUUACAUUCUCGGUUUACAGCAUUAUUGUAACUGACUGACUGCUUCUGUAACUAAUAAUCAUAUUUACCAUGUGUUAUUAUUAUGGGCUACACUAAGUUCACUUCCCAUUCUUAGGAAAUAUUAUAAUUGUGAGGUCAGAGGGGUAAUGUGUCAUUACUUUUGGAGCACUUUAGUAAAACUGUAUUUAUUUGAUGACAGGAAAACAUAAAAGGUUUGAUUUACUGCAUAACUUCAGUUACAGUUCAGUUACGUGUGACCAGAAAUCAUUUUACAGUAUUUUUGUGUGUGCUUGCGUACGCAAGUGAACAAGGUCUCCGACAUAUGACGGCUGUCUAUUACUAUACAGCAGUUUGUUUCUACCUCCACAUUUAUGCAGAUUGUUUUAUCCUCAAAGGGAAAGCAAGCGGAAAUAACCUAGUACAAUAAAAAAAUUCAUCAAGUA